AUGGCUCCUAUACGAUAUAGUUUACAUUAUGAAGAUUAUUCAGAGCAUCUUAUGUCACGAUUUGGAAAGCUCUUACAAAUGCAAUCAUUGGUGGAUAUGACACUAAUGUGCAGUUCGCACACUUUGCGUGUUCAUAAAGCGGUACUUGCUGCUAGUAGUGCUUAUUUCCAAGAAGUUUUACAAAAACAAACUGGAGAACCAUUGAUUAUAUUAAAAAUGAGGUUUAGUGUACUCAAAUGUUUAGUUGAGUUCAUGUAUUGCGGGAAGACUCAGUGCUUAGAGGAGAACCUGGACGAGCUGGUGUCUGCAGCUCAGUUUCUUAAAAUAAAAGGAUUGUCAAAAGUGACGAAAGAAGGACUGGGUAUCAACAAUCAUAGUGAACUGCCCGUGUUCACUCCGCCGGUCGUGAUCAAUCGUCCACCUCAGUCGCUUAUUGAUAUGCACUCGCAGGAUAAUACGGAGAACAAGACACCCCUUUCUCAGUUGGCUUCAUUGAACAACAAUCAAACCGGAGAAAGCCUUAAUCGAACAAACAAGGAUAUGGUGAUGCGAAUACCUUUUGAUAUUGAUGGCAGCGCAAACUCCAACGUUGAUUAUUCGGACCCCUCGCGCGCUAUCCGACCACGUCGUGGUAGGCCUAGUUUCAAGCGGCCCAGCGGUUGGGAGGGUGGCGGAGUUUUAGGGCGAGCUGCCGAAAGAGCCCUGAUGCGUCGCGAGCAGGACUCUCGUAAAGCUAUACACCAUUUAAAGAGUUUGCAGACGAAACAUAUGCAGGAUUAUAUGGACAGGGUCUCGCUAUCACAAGCCGUUAACAGUAUUUGCAACAAUGACACUGCUUCUCCCAGCUAUCUUAACAUGGAUAAUGAUAUCAUAUACAUGGAUCAAACGGUGUCAUCCAACACACUCGAUCCUGCGGACCCAUUUUCCAAAGAUUCCCUCGGACACGAAACAAUAACAUCAAACUACUCUGCUGCAGCGACCAGUUCAGCGAAUGAAACUUCAAACAUUGGUAUAAAUACUGCUAUGUCACAAUACGUUAAUGCAUUAAAGAGCGCUGGAUUGCCUACAGACUUGCCAAUUUUAUUUGAAUCUGGAGACGGGUCGUACAUAAACGUUAAUGAACAAGUUCUUCUGGACAUGGUCCAGAGCAGUGAAAUACAAUACGAAGUUAUUGAACAACCCAAUAUCAUCGAAAAAGUAGCUGAUCCAAGUGAGAUCAAAAGUAUUGAUGAACUUUCAAAAUCUAUAGAGCGGGGUGAAAUGCUGAUAGGCUCCAAAAAUUUUCCUUCAAAUAACGUUUUUAAUAAAAAUAGUAAUAUUCACGAAGAUACAAUAAAUAGCUUAAACGAAAUCUUACCAGAUAAUUUAGAAUCAUUCGAAGGACAACAAAAUUUUAUAGAACUAGAUCAUUCUCUUCGAGGCGAACAUACGUCGAUGGAUAGAGAUAAUAAUAAUGAUUUUUCAUGUAUAGACAGUGACAUGCAGUUUUUUACAAAAUCUAUGAGCGAAGACGUUAAAAAAUACUAUGAUGACCAACCUUUAAAUGAUCCUCGAGUACUUGAUCAAUAUUGUCCAGCAAGUACAUCUUUUGACACAAGUUUUAAUAUGUCUUUACUAGACACAAAAACCCAUUUAGGUGACAAUACGAACCAACAGUAUAGCUCUCUAAAUACUGAUGACCUAAAAAGAAACGACCCGUGUUAUGAUUUUAGUUUACAAUUACCUCAUACAAGUGAUUUUAAAGAAGAUGCACUAGAUUGCCUACUGUCUACUCCAAAGCACAAUGAAAAUUUAAAUCAAGACAGUUACAUAAGCCACAACACAGAUGACAGAGUUCAAGAGCAAGAUGAAAUAAUGAAAGAUCUGAUGAAUAUUGAAAAUAGAAUAAACAUGGGAAAUUGUGAUAGCAAUUCAACUCACAGAGAAAACGAUGUUUCUGAUAAUAUUAAUAAUGGCACGUUAGAUUCCGAAUUACCCGAUCUUUCAAAAGAUAUCAACUCCGUAAAGGAUGACGUUGCUUCGUCUGAUAACACUUUACAAUGGGACUUCAUUAAAAUUAAUGACAUUGAUGAAAAAAAUGACCAUAAUAAAUCCACUGAUUUGAUUCCACCAGAAUCUAAUAUUUCAAAGUCAGUGGUUGAUUUAACCGAUUCUGUUAAUCUUGACGCCGAAAAAUGGGACUCCAUAAAUGAAGAUCACUUGACAGACAAAGAAAAUAAAAGUUACGAUUACCAAAAUACUAAUACUUCAACUCUAGAUGAAAAUAUACCAUUUGCAGUUGGACUUCUUCCUUUAAAACAAGUACAAACCAGCGAGGAAGAGAUUUUAUUGAAAAGGAAAAAUGUAAAUGAUAUUGAUAUGUUAGACAACGUAGACGCUAAAUGUUUAAAACGUAAAAUAAAAUGU